CAUCCUCUCAUGAUAACUACUCUUAUUAACCAUAAGGAUAAACCAAAGUGGUCAGACAAGACGCUGCAAGCAAUUCAGCGGGUGGGCCAAGCAGUUAACCUAGCAGUUGGAAGAUUUGUUACCGUAGGAGAAGCCAUAGCCAAUGAAAAUCGAGAAUUGAAAGAGGAAAUGAGUAUUGCUUGCAUUGAGGCAAAGCGAGCAGGUGAAACAAUUGCACAACUUACAGAUGUAGCUAACUUGGAUCAUCCAGAAUCUGAUGGCCGGAUAACAACAAUUUUUACAGACAAAACAGGAGUAGUAAAAGCUGCAAGAUUGCUGCUUUCUUCAGUGACAAAGGUUCUGGUACUGGCAGACAGAAUAGUUAUUAAACAAAUUUUAGCUUCCAGAAACAAGGUUCUUGCAACAAUGGAACAGCUAGAGAAAGUGAGUAGUUUUCAAGAGUUUGUGCAAAUAUUCAGUCAGUUUGGAAAUGAAAUGGUGGAGUUCGCCCAUUUAACUGGAGACCGACAAAAUGAUUUAAAGGAUGAAAAGAAAAAAGCUAGAAUGGCAGCAGCUAGGACUGUUCUUGAGAAAUGCACCAUGAUGCUUCUCACUGCUUCAAAGACAUGUCUGAGGCAUCCUGACUGUGAAUCUGCUCGUUUAAACAAAGAAGGAGUGUUUCACCGAAUGAGAUUAGCUUUGGAGCAGGUAAUAGAGAUCGUAACUGACUCUAGGCCCAGUGGAGAGAAUGAAAUGGCCGCCAUAAGUAUAUACACGAGCAUCAAAGAAUUCAAGAAUAAGGUGGAAGGUCUUCGGGAGAAUCUUUAUUUUAUCUCUAAGGAGAAUCUUUCAACAAUGCUGGAACUUAUUCUGGAACACACAGAAGAUUUUACUGAUUCUGCCUACACCAGCCACGAGCACAGAGAACGCAUCUUGGAGCAGUCCAGGCAGGCUAAAAUGGAACUAGAGCAGCUGGUUUCAGUGUGGAUGCAAGCUCAAAGCCAGAAAACAAAGGAUAUCGCCGAAGACUUGGAAGUAGCCAUACUAAAAACAUGCCAGUGUAUGAAUGAACUCAGAAGAGAACUUCACCAUGCAGCCACAUCAUUGGCAGCAGACCUGCUAAGAUACCAUGCAGAUCACAUGGUUUUGAAGGCAUUAAAAAUCACAGGAGUAGAAGGAAAUCUAGAAGCUGUAGCAGAAUGUACUUGUAAGCUAUCAGAGCAGAAAGAGCAGCUUGUUGAGACAUGUCGCUUGUUGAGGCAUGUUUCUGGAACAGAGCCACUUGAAAUUACUUGCAUACAUGCAGAAGACACCUUUCAGGUCAUUGGCCCACAGAUAAUUUCUGCUGCAGAAACACUGACAUUACAUCCAUCUAGUAAGAUAGCAAAAGAAAAUCUUGAUGUGUUCUGUGAGGCUUGGGAGUCCCAGCUGAGUGACAUGUCCAUGUUGUUAAGAGAAAUCAGUGAUGUGUUUGAGGGAAGACGAGGAGAGAAGCGUGCCUACCUAUCACUUCCCAGGCCAGGGAAGCAUAAUGCAAAUCUGAAAGCAUUAAAGCCAGUCAAACUUGAUACUGAGGAACAAGCAAAACUUGGAAAACUUGGAUUAGAACUGCAUUUGCUCACGUCUGAUGUAGACUCUGAGACUGAGAAAUGGGAGGACCAGGAGAAUGAGAUUGUGCGCCAUGGACAAAGUAUAUCCAGCAUGGCCCACUCCAUGUACUUAUUUACCAGAGGAGAAGGGCUGCUGAAGACUACCCAGGAUUUAUUUCACCAAGCAGAGGUUUUUGCUACAGAGGGCAUAAAGCUUGCUUCAGUUCUCACUGCCUUUUCUAAUCAGCUAGAAGAUGAUGACAAACCUUUGCUUUUGUUGGAGAUUGACAAACUGAUCCCUGUGUGCCAGCAGCUUCAGAUAACAGCUAAAACCACUGUUCAGGGGAAAAAUGCUACUUUUACAAAGGCAGACACAUGCAUUCGGAAAACAAAAGGUGUGAUGACCAUAUUAUCCCAAGUUCUCCCACUCAGCUGCAUGCUACUGAAAAAGUGUGGAACUGGAAAUGGCUGGCUGAGAUCAUCUCAUCCAUGGAGAGAGAACAGAUUACAAAGAAAUACAAAUGAAGACCGCAUGGAAGGGAAAACUGAUGCCUUUGGAAUAAAAUCCUUGGAACAUUAUGUAGCAAAUCUGACAUUUUUAGAGAGCAAAUAAUUGUAGUAUUUAGGAAUGGAAGAAUUUCAUGUGGAAAUUACAAACUGGCUAAAGUUUCAAAGCUGCUUUCUUUUUUGUGAAAGAUACAGCAGGUUAUUUGAAUUAAAGCUGUUGUGACCUUCUCA